UCGAUUGCGUCACGGAGCGGCGAGAAGCGAUUCAACAUGGCGAAUAUUCGGAGCAUCAAGGUGAGAAUGUGAGGGAAGGAAAAAGGGAGGGAGCGUUCGGUGUUACGGACUGCAGCAAAAGAGCGGGCAUGGUGGGGCUCGUGACGGGAGGGGCUUCCGGACUGGGGAGGGCCACGGCGGAGCGCCUGGUGGCCCAGGGUGCCAGCGCCGUGAUCCUGGACUUGCCCUCCUCCGACGGCCUUCAGGUGGCCAAGAGUCUGGGAGAGCGCUGCGCCUUCGCGCCGGCCGACGUGACCUCGGAAUCGGACGUGCGCUCCGCCGUGGCUCUGGCGCGGGACAAGUUUGGCCGUCUGGACCUGGCGGUGAACUGCGCCGGGAUCGCGGUGGCCGUCAAGACGUACAACUUUAAGAAGGAGCUUCCGCACAGCCUGGAGGACUUCACCAGGGUCAUCACCGUCAACAUUGCAGGCACCUUCAACGUGAUCCGCUUGGCAGUGGGAGAGAUGGGGAGAAACGAGCCCGAUGCUGAUGGACACAGGGGCUGCAUCGUCAACACCGCUAGUGUGGCUGCAUUUGAUGGACAAGUUGGCCAGGCUGCCUACUCGGCCUCUAAGGGAGCCAUAGUUGGAAUGACGCUCCCCAUCGCUCGCGACCUGGCGCCCAUGGGCAUCCGCGUGGUCACAAUUGCGCCUGGUCUUUUCUCCACCCCGCUGCUGGCAGGACUGCCUGAAAAAGUACGCAACUUCUUAGCUCGCCAGGUUCCCUUUCCCUCACGGCUCGGGGACCCAGCAGAGUUUGCCCACCUGGUGACAUCAUUGGUUGAAAACCCCAUGAUCAAUGGGGAGGUCAUUCGACUGGACGGAGCAAUUCGCAUGCAACCCUAAAAGAUCAGGGACGGAGGGAGGGAAGCAGUUGAACAGCCAUGAUGAACAUUAAAUAUUUCUGACUAAAGUAUGAGGAUUUAGUUGAUCUUUUUUCUGACCUAGCAAAUAAAGAUUUCCAGUGUUUGUAUGAGAGAGUGUGAGUUGUUAAGGCAAAAAGGACAGUAAUGGGCAUGUGCUUUGGUCUCUCGCUACCAUGAAGUGAUAAAGAGCUCUAGAAAGUUAGAAUGGUUGUGCCCUCUGGCUAGGAUUCCUCAUUCUCGUACUCUAAAAGUUGUUUUGUGACCAAUGGUAAAGUUAUGCCUUUCAAACACAGUAAAUCUGGUAUGUCUUUGAUUGUGAUUAGUCCAGAAUGCUCUUCACUGAUGAUUGAAUUAAGACUUCGCAAGGUGCUGAAUCUUAGUUCUGGAAUUGUACUUGAAUUAUGAGAUUUUUUUUUACUUUAUUGUAUGUAGUAACUAUGUAAAUGAACUGAAUUAAAGAUCUUGGUAAACGCAGUCCUUUGAACAUCUGCAAUCUGAGGAUUACCAGCUCUUUUUUUAACAAGCUUCUGCACCUGAAACAUCUGUUUUCUAAUGUUUUUAAUUUCAUCUGUCCAUCCAAGUGCUUAUGUGCUCUU